AUGAGAUCCGAUUUCAAGUUUUCGAACCUUUUGGGUACAGUCUACCGUCAAGGUAACAUAAUCUUUUCCGAUGACGGCAAGCAACUGCUCUCGCCCGUGGGGAAUAGGGUCAGCGUGUUUGACUUGAUCAACAAUAAAUCGUUCACGUUUGAGUACGAGCACCGCAAGAACAUUGCCGCGAUUGAUCUGAACAAGCAGGGCACGCUGCUGAUCUCCAUUGACGAGGACGGCCGUGCCAUCCUCGUCAAUUUCAAAGCCCGCAACGUGCUUCAUCAUUUCAACUUCAAGGAAAAAUGCAGCGCAGUGAAGUUCAGCCCCGAUGGGAAACUCUUCGCAUUGGCCGCAGGCAGGUUCUUGCAGAUCUGGAAGACUCCGGACGCCAACAAGGACAGACAAUUCGCUCCCUUUGUCCGCUACAGGGUGCACGCGGGACACUUCCAAGACAUAACCUCUUUGACGUGGUCCCAGGACUCCAGGUUUGUUCUCACCACUUCCAAAGAUCUAAGUACAAAGAUAUGGUCCGUGAACUCGGACGAGAAGGAUCUUGCGGCAACGACGUUCAACGGCCACAGAGACUACGUUAUGGGCGCCUUCUUUAGCCAUGACCAGGAAAAAAUCUACACUGUCAGCAAAGACGGUGCUGUCUUUGUCUGGGAAUUUACCAGGAGGCCCACCGACGACGACAAUGAGGAGGAAGAAGAGGAGGUGGACAUCUCGAAAUACAGUUGGAGAAUUACAAAAAAACAUUUUUUCUACGCAAACCAAUCCAAAGUGAAAUGCGUCACAUUCCACCCAGCAACAAGACUAUUAGCGGUCGGGUUUACCAGUGGGGAAUUCCGUCUCUACGAUUUGCCCGAUUUCACUUUAAUUCAACAGCUUUCUAUGGGGCAAAACCCAGUCAACACCGUCAGUGUGAACAGCACCGGUGAAUGGCUGGCGUUCGGCUCCAGCAAACUGGGCCAACUGCUAGUGUACGAAUGGCAAUCAGAAUCAUACAUCCUGAAGCAACAGGGCCAUUUCGAUUCUACAAACUGUCUAGCAUACUCUCCGGACGGUUCACGGGUCGUGACGGCGUCCGAUGACGGGAAGAUUAAGGUCUGGGACAUCACAUCAGGGUUCUGUCUGGCCACUUUCGAAGAACACACCUCCUCAGUGACCGCGGUACAGUUUGCCAAGAGGGGUCAAGUCAUGUUUUCAUCGUCCUUGGAUGGUACCGUGAGGGCCUGGGAUUUAAUCAGAUAUCGUAAUUUUAGGACUUUCACCGGUACUGAAAGAAUUCAGUUUAACUGUUUGGCAGUGGACCCAUCAGGUGAGGUCGUUUGUGCUGGGUCCCUGGAUAAUUUUGACAUCCACGUUUGGUCCGUGCAAACCGGUCAACUACUGGAUGCCCUGUCGGGCCACGAGGGCCCCGUAUCGUGUCUUUCCUUCAGUCAAGAGAACAGUGUUUUGGCGUCUGCGUCCUGGGAUAAAACGAUCAGAAUCUGGUCGAUAUUCGGUAGAAGCCAGCAAGUGGAACCUUUGGAAGUAUAUUCAGAUGUCUUGGCGCUCUCAAUGAGGCCGGAUGGGAAAGAAGUGGCAGUGUCCACUUUGAAAGGACAAAUUUCCAUCUUCAACAUCGAAGACGCCAAACAAGUGGGUAAUAUUGAUUGUAGAAAGGAUAUUAUAUCCGGUAGAUUCAAUGAAGAUAGAUUCACAGCCAAAAAUUCCGAAAGAUCCAAAUUUUUCACCACGAUCCACUACAGCUUUGACGGAAUGGCCAUUGUGGCUGGUGGUAAUAAUAACUCCAUCUGUUUGUAUGACGUUCCAAAUGAAGUAUUAUUGAAAAGAUUCAUUGUAUCCAGAAAUAUGGCAUUGAACGGUACUUUAGAGUUUUUGAACAGUAAAAAAAUGACUGAAGCAGGUUCAUUGGAUUUGAUCGACGAUGCAGGCGAAAAUUCAGAUUUAGAGGAUCGUAUUGAUAAUUCCUUACCAGGUUCUCGAAGAGGGGGUGAUCUAUCAACCAGAAAGAUGAGGCCCGAGGUCAGAGUUACUUCGGUUCAGUUUUCUCCAACAGCAAAUGCGUUUGCCGCGGCUUCUACGGAAGGUUUGCUAGUAUAUUCAAUCAAUGACGUGAUAUUAUUUGAUCCAUUUGACCUGGAUGUGGAUGUCACCCCUCAUGCCACAAUAGAGGCACUACGAGAAAAACAGUAUUUAAAUGCUAUGGUAAUGGCAUUCAGACUGAAUGAAGAAUAUUUGAUCAACAAAGUUUAUGAAUCCAUACCUGUCAAGGAAAUAUCAUUGGUCGCAAGCAACAUUCCCGUGGUAUAUUUACCAAGAAUCCUAAAAUUCAUCGGCGAUUUUGCUAUCGAGUCUCAACACAUCGAGUUUAACCUAAUUUGGAUUAAAAACUUGUUAUCCGCAAGUGGUGGCUACAUAAACGAACAUAAAUAUCUUUUCUCCACGGCUAUGAGAUCGAUACAGAGAUUUAUUGUAAGAGUGGCUAAGGAUGUGGUCAACACCGCAACUGAUAAUAAAUACGCUUACAGGUUUCUGGUCUCAACUGACGGGUCCAUGGAAGAUGGCGGUGCUGAUGAAGAUGACCAGGCCCUGCUGGAGGAUGCCGUAGAGGAAGAUAAAGAGGAAGACGACGUGGCCAUGGAAUCUGAUGAGGAAGAAGGAUGGAUUGGUUUCAACGGAAAGGACAACAAAUUGCCUUUGCCCAACGAAAGCGAUUCCAGUGAUGAAGAGCAAGAUGAAGAAGAGCUCUCUUAA